UCAACCUUUACUUAUCAAUGUUCAUGCAUACACACGUUACAAAAUCAAUCCACAAACAUACUCGAACUACAGCCAACUGGAUAGUGGAUAUACCACAGAACAAAGCAAGGGAAAUUGAUUGACACAUGGGAGUUACUGAGCAGGAAAAAAAAAAAAAAAAAAAAACAGAGAGAAAAGCUUGAAGCCCUUUUAUUCACCGUCCAUUGGCAGUCUCAGCCCUUUAUAACUCCCCUCCCCUCCCCUUCUCCUUGCACGAACGCGGUAGCUAGAGAAAGAGAUACAAAAUAGCACUCAAAGAAGAAUUUCUACCAAUGGAGAGCCAUGGCUCCUCUUUCUCUGGCUUGGACUCUUACUUUCGGGCCCUGGCACAGACCCCAUCCCGUCUAGCCAGGCGAGCUUGUUCAGUCUCAACAUCGCAUGAAGAAAUGAGCCAGGUCAAAGCAAGGUCUGGUUCUGUCAUGCAAAGAACUCUUCGUUGGUAUGACCUUGUUGGGUUUGGCAUCGGUGGUAUGGUUGGUGCUGGUGUUUUCGUCAUCACUGGUCAUGCCAGCCGUCUCCGCGCUGGCCCUUCAGUUGUUAUCUCCUAUGCCAUUGCUGGUCUCUGUGCUCUGCUCUCUUCCUUCUGUUACACCGAGUUUGCCGUUGACAUGCCCGUCGCCGGCGGGGCUUUCAGUUAUCUCCGUGUCACUUUUGGUGAAUUUGCUGCGUUCUUAACCGGUGCAAAUCUUAUAAUGGAUUAUGUCUUGUCAAACGCUGCUGUUGCUAGGGGCUUCACUGCUUAUCUAGGCUCAGCAAUCGGCAUCUCUACAUCAAAAUGGAGACUUGUCAUCCAUGGACUCCCUGAUGGCUUCAAUGAAAUUGACACUUUCGCGGUUCUUGUUGUCUUAGCCAUUACUCUCAUCAUCUGCUACAGCACAAGAGAGAGUUCAUUGGUGAACAUGUUGUUAACAAUUCUACACAUUUUGUUCAUUGGAUUUGUGAUACUAAUGGGAUUUUGGAAAGGAGAUUGGAAAAACUUCACACAGCCUGCAAACCCAAACAACCCAUCUGGGUUUUUCCCAUUUGGAGCUCCUGGUGUGUUCAAUGGAGCAGCCAUGGUGUAUUUGAGUUAUAUUGGAUAUGAUGCUGUUUCUACUCUAGCUGAAGAAGUCCAUAACCCUGUUAAGGAUAUCCCCAUCGGAGUUUCAGGCUCUGUUAUAAUUGUCACCAUUCUUUAUUGCCUCAUGGCUGCUUCAAUGUCAAUGCUCCUCCCUUAUGAUAUGAUAGAUGUGGACGCACCAUUCUCGGCAGCAUUCAGAGGCGAAUCAGAUGGCUGGCAAUGGGUUUCUAAUGUGAUAGGGACGGGGGCCAGCUUUGGAAUUCUUACAUCCUUAUUAGUUGCAAUGUUGGGACAAGCUAGAUACUUGUGUGUGAUCGGACGGUCCAGUGUUGUCCCUGCUUGGUUUGCUAGGGUCCACCCGAAGACAUCAACGCCUGUUAAUGCUUCCGCAUUUCUAGGAAUCUUCACUGCAGCAAUUGCGCUGUUCACUGAUUUAAAUGUCCUCCUCAACCUUGUAUCAAUAGGCACGCUAUUUGUCUUCUACAUGGUGGCCAGUGCUUUGGUUUACAGGCGUUACGUCGCGAUAGGGACGACUAACCCAUGGCCGACAUUAUCCUUCCUGUGUUCAAUUUCCUUCACCUCUAUUCUAUUCACUCUCAUAUGGCAUUUCAUGCCUAAUGGCAAGGGAAAAGCCCUUAUGCUCGGUGCUUGCGCGGUGAUAGCGAUUGCAAUAAUACAGAUCUUUCAUUGCAUUGUGCCACAGGCAAGAAAACCUGAAUUUUGGGGUGUUCCAUUGAUGCCAUGGAUACCAUGUGCAUCUAUCUUCUUGAACAUAUUCCUGUUGGGGUCUCUUGAUGGUCCAUCAUACGUGCGUUUCGUCUUCUUUUCAGCUCUCGCUGUGCUUGUAUAUGUUUUGUACAGUGUCCACGCUAGCUUUGAUGCUGAAGGGGGAGGCUCUAUCGGUCAAAAGAAUGGCGAGACUACGAGGGAAUCAGACGAGAGUGAGGACCAUAAUUCUUUCAAAGUGUAAAAAUCUCUCCUUUCUCUUUACCUUUUAUCUUGGUAAUGACUUCUACUUUUUGAGCGAUUGAUGGAUAAGAAAAAAGGAGGGCAUAGGAUAGAAUAAAGAAUUGUGCAAUUUUGCAGGAGUCGCUACCUUGUAUAGCUGGUAAAUGGGAGUAGGAAUAGAAGUCAAUCCCCUUGUGUUUUCUCAACUAAAAUCCAAGCAUUAUUGUUGAAUAAAAGGGAUUUUGACAUUGAAUAAAAAGUGGGAUUUUGUAGAAAAUAUACUUGGAUGAUCUCGAUGGCUUGAUGGAUCGAUUCAAAGAAAUGGUUCUCGAGAGGAAGGUGGAUACGAUGUCAAUUUGAAAAGGGCAAGAUGCUUUGCAUG